UGUACCGAGCUGCCGUGGACUGGACGUGUUUGGGAGAAGGAUCUGAUCGUAACUACAGACAAGAAAGAAAGGAAGAGUAGAUGUUUUUUGAGCUCGUCGUUGUUUUCAAAUACCAAAAAGUUGUGUCCGCACAGAAAAACAAAAACAAAACCGGAUACACGAAGUAGACAUUUACUGUUGGAGAUAAUAUUGCAGCACGGGCUGGUUGUAAAGAACAUCUUGUUUAAGCAGAGUGCAGGAGAAGAGGCCCAGAGAGGACCGAGAUCCUGGGAUGAGAGCUCUGUGUCAUUUCCCUGUCUCCCCCAGGCCUCCAGGAGGAGUACACUGGGCGACACUCUGAGAGUGUGUGGUGUGUCUGACGCCGUCGGGCUGCCAUGGCUCUGGUUCAGGCGUUACCUGUGACCGUGACUGACCACCCCAAUCCAGGUCUCGAAGUCCAGAAGUGCCGGCAGCUAUCAUCCCACUCCCCCUCAGUUCCCUGCUCUGGCCCCUGCGGGCCGUGUAGCUCUGGGACAGCCAUGGGUUCUGUCAGCAGCCUCAUAUCAGGCCGGACGUACCAGGAGAGACACUGCCGAGCCGCCAGUGAAUUCACCACCAAACCACGCCGCUCCACACCGGCCACCAGCUGCUUCCGACUUCAGGAUAACACCCUCCGUAGUGGGAGCUCCUUAGAGCAGCUGCUGGUAAUCAGCAACCAAAAGCAGCCUCAGGCCCAGGUUCUGCCUCCACCGCUGCCCACCAAAAAGCAGCCCCGGCCUGGUAACUCUGCUGGAGCAGUAGGUGGUGGCACUAAUGGGAACUUUGGGUACGUGAGCGAUGAGGUAGUAGUUGGAGACUGGAACGACAACCUGGUGGUGGCAGCUGCAAGCCCCUGCAGUGACUCGGAGGACCAAAGGGACAACAGGACUCUGAACGGCAACAUUGGAGGGCCUCCUCCCAAGCUCAUCCCGGUGUCCGGACAGUUAGAGAAGCUCAUGAUUACACGCUCUCAUAAAAUAUCAUGGCGAGGACUUUUUUUCAGCACUCUCUCGGGAACGCAGACUGUACUCAUGAAACACGCCGACAACAUGGAGAAAGUGCUGAUCCGUCCAACAGCGUUCAAACCUGUUGUUCCCAAAAAUCGUCACUCUGUGCAGUACCUGUCACCACGGCCAGGGGGCAGCAGUCUGUCAGAGAGCCAGGCCAGCCUCAACCUCCUGUUGCCCCUCGGGGGAUCCAACAGCGCCAGCGGCAUGAACGGCAACGUAGGGAACAACGGUUCCAGCUCUGAAGGGAAACGCAAUUCCUACAGCGGAGGUCGCAAUGCUCGGAGCAGCCAGUCCUGCUCCAUGUCAGAUUCAGGGAGGAACUCCCUCUCCAGCCUCCCUACUCACAGCAGUACUGGCUACAGUUUGGCUCCCAGUGAAGGCUCCAGCUCUGGGUCUGGUUCUGGGGGCCAGCUGGAACCUGUCACUGGCCUGAGCCGAAACACUUCAGGUGGAAGUGGGAGCCAUGGUCACACCAACUCAGACAGCGGACGUUCCUCAUCCAGCAAGAGCACAGGCUCGGGGUCGCUAAGUGGGCGCGGGCAGCCCCUGUCAGACAGCGGCUCCUGUGGCCACUCGCCGCCACCAGUAGAGGGGUAUGAGGCAGUGGUGAGGGAGUUGGAGGAGAAGCUGAGGGAACGAGACCUGGAGCUCCAGCAGCUUCGGGAAAAUCUGGAUGAGAAUGAAGCUGCUAUCUGCCAGGUGUAUGAGGAGAAGCAGCGUCGGUGUGAAAGAGAGAUGGAGGAGCUAAGACAGAGCUGUGCCACAAAGAUGAAGCAGGCCUCUCAGAAGGCCCAGAGGGCACAGCAGGUGCUACAGUUACAGGUAUUUCAAUUACAGCAGGAGAAAAAGAAGCUGCAGGAGGACUUCUCCUCUCUGCUGCAGGACAGAGAGACGCUGGAAAGGAGGUGUGCCACCAUUCAGAGGGAGCAAACCCAGCUUGGGCCACGCCUAGAAGAGACAAAGUGGGAGGUGUGUCAGAAGUCAGGAGAGAUCUCUCUCCUGAAACAGCAGCUGAAGGAGAUCCAGUCAGAGCUCAGCCAGAAGGCAGGAGACAUUGUGGUCCUGAAGGCCCAGCUAAGAGAAGCCCGUUCUGAACUGCAAGCCAGCCAGGCUCGAACCCAGGAGGCCCAGACAGCCUUGCGGACGCGAUCUCUGGAGCUGGAAGUCUGUGAGAACGAACUCCAGAGGCGCAAGAGCGAAGCUGAGCUGCUCCGGGAGAAAGUGGGCCGUUUGGAGGAGGAGUCGGCCCGGCUCCGGGACACCCUGUCCAAUCACAGUGGACCGUCUUUACCUGGAAACGCAACCAUGAAGGGUCAGUGCAUGAAUCUGUCUCUCCAACAGGGUAGAGGUAUGGCAGGAAGAGGUGGACCCAGUCCCUCUGUUUACCGUGACGGAGAGGAGACUCAUCUGGUCUGGGGAGGAGAGAGUGAUGAAGCCAAGGCACAAAGGCAGAACGCAGAAACAGUUCUGGGACUCAGACAACAGGUGGAUAGGCUGAAGGCUGAGCUCAUGUACGAGAGGAGGACCAGUGAGGAGCAACUGUCACGGUUUGAGGAUGAGAGAAGGGUUUGGCAUGAGGAGAAGGAAAAGGUAAUCCACUACCAGAAACAACUGCAGCAGAACUACAUCCACAUGUACCGUCGAAACCGGGAUCUUGAGCGAGUGAUGAGGGAGCUGAGUCUGGAGCUGGAGAACCGGGACAUGGAGGACUAUGAGGUUCACAGUGGUAGCAACGACAUCCACUUUGAGGAAAUCACCGCCACUGAGAUCUAAACACACACACUUACAGUAAUAUGUGCACAGAAACACACAGGAACACAACUCACAGAAACAACUCUAACGAUGUAACUCAAACAUAGAACUCUUCAACAUGGCUUUACGUGGACCACUGAGCGAGCACUCACCACUCGUCACUGUCAAAAGGGAGAUCUCCCAAAGGUGAAUUCGUACUUUCUGCUAACAGAGAUGGACUCCAAAAAGAUCCUUAUAAGGUGUCCGUCCCCGGCGCUUUUAAUGGGUUUUAUCCCACUACAAAGCCAGCACAAAGACUUCUUUCCUUCUGUGGGAGAAAAGCAGUUUAAAAAAAAAGUUUUUCUUUCUUAGACUGCAUUCAAAUCAGGGUAUCGAGCAUCGACGGGAACUUAAAAGCAAAAAAUGUUACCACACGCACAGUAAUCCGAUCAAAGUGUCUUCGCACUUUUCUUUGUAGCACUCGAGGUUAGACACCCAGCCACCAGCAUGCAUUUUAUGAUGCAUCAUGACAGUUAGUCCCAUCAACAUCAACACCACAACUGCUGGCUAUUAACGGUGACCUCGCCUUCUGUCCAAACUGUGCUCAUUGGUGACACAAACAACAACUGUUGGUUCCCCAAGUAACCGCUAAAGGGAAAACAUCACCAAAUAUCACAACAUUCGCUGUUUCUUUUUUACAGUGUUCAGAGGAUCAGCAGUUUUCAUUUCACUUUUUAAAAAAAAGCAUAAGAAUAUUUUGGAGGUAUUUCCUCAGCAGUGUGUAUAUGAUAAGGAAUGUAUUGUGACUGUUACCACUCUAGAGAAAUGCAGUAUAAAUGAUGGUCACUGGCGAUGAGAGAAUGCUGCUCACCAAGGGAGACAUGGUAUUAUUUUGCACAACUUCCCGGCUCUUUCUUGUGAAGCAAAUCAUCAGUCUUAAACAAACCAGUUUUGACAUUUGGCUCCUGGUUUGCUUACAUGUGGACAUCCUAUUCUGUCGUUUCCCAAACCGCAGAGGACACAGAAACCAAACUUUGAAAGGAAAUGCUUUAUUUGAACGCCGGUCAUGUUUUCGAGACCACCAACAGCCAUGCUGUUGCACUUGAUCAACAUGUCAACUCAUUCACAAGCUCUGAAAUAAACAUUUACAUUUUACAGUUAUGUAGCACUAGGAAGCAGAGCGUAGCAUGGGAGAAGUCACCAGGAUGCUGCUGAUUCUCCUUUUUUCUCUUCUGUCUUCUUCUGUCUUUGUCUCACUCUUUCCAUCUCUAAAUCUGCUUCUUACUCAACUAUUUUUAUAACAAUGAAAAGCACCUCAGCGGUCGGUAUCAGGAAACUAAAAAUGGAGCAUAUUCUUUCAGUUUGGACAUCACGCCACUGAGAGAUUUAAGUCAGUGUUUGAACUGUAGGCAUGCUUUUUCAGAGUUUCCAUGUAUUCCCCCUCUUUCCCAUUAGUGCUCUUUAUUUAGCUUUUGGCAGCCCAAAGCCAAAAUAACACUUUUAAAGUCUUCCUAGUCGCCCCUAGACUAUAACCUUCCAUGAUUGCUAUACAGGUAGUGAGACUGGCAUGUCUGCAUGUCUUUGUUAUAUCAGAUUUCAGGAGAAGCAGGCUCAGAUAGCAGUGGGAAUUUGCAGACGCUGUUUCUCCAGCACUGAAUGUCCUCAAGGCAGGUCGGCUGUUAAAGCCCGAAAUAUAAACCGAUGAGGAGGAUGUUAACAUUUGCAGCUGUGGGGUUGCUCUGUGUUCUCACAGUAGCAUGGCGGGUCUCUAUGGAAAAAAAAAGCAGUGGGCUGAGAACUUUUAUUUUACAAAGAGUCUAUAUCACGGAAUAAUAGCUAAAUGGAAAUCUAUAUAAUGGAGGAGAUGUUGUAUAUUUUUUUAUAUAUAGCACCUGAAGAUAUUUUGUUGUAGUACUGGUAUAACUGUGGGUUUAAUAUACAAAGUAUAAAGACUUCUAUAUAUAUAUAUCUAUAUAUAAAUAUAUCUACCACAUACCAAUAUUUCAAAUGAUGGAUCAAUUGCAAAUGGAGGCAGCAGCAUAGACAGAGUGCACCUAAUACUGUAAUGCAUGAAAAUCUGUUUACAUUAUAUAAUCUGUGUGACACAAACUUAUACUAUCUGAUGACCAAACUUUGCAGCUGGUGAAGCAGUUGAGGGCUUUUAUUUGGGUCUUAGUUUUGACCUGUUGUCUCUCCAUUUUGAUUGAUCUUUCACUUGAUCAUCAGUAUCAUACCUUCACACCGAUCCAUGUCUUCAUCGUUGCGUUUCGUGCACGUCAUUCCUUCAUAAAUGCAUGAGACGGGUCAUUAUUGCGUGGCUUCUUCUUUAGGUUGAGGUCAGAGCUGAUGCAAACCAAGAAAGUGUUACGUUUCCUGUGCUCAGAAAUUCAGUCGAAACCCUUUCAGAAAAUUUGAUCAGUCUGUAUUUUGCAUGACGUCGCCACAUUCAGUGUGGCUUAUGUUAUAGAGUAUUAAACAUCUGCACUGUGCAUAAACAGUUAACAUAAAGCCAUGGGAAGUGACUCUGAAUGGAACAAGUUGGAUUUGUUCAACCAUAUUCACUUAGACUUAGACUGUUACUCACCACAGAUGCAGCACAGGUACAGAUCAACAACAAGCACAGGUGUUGCAAAUCAAACUUGACUCCCUCACUGAAAAAGUACUGUGUGCAUCCCAGACUUCCGCUUUUUUUCCCCCUCAUAUCUCAUUUCUCUUUAUUGUUGCAUAACCGUUUUCUGUGUAAAUAUGUAAAACACUAAAUAGUAUAACAGAGUGACCUUGUCUUUUAUUUAGACAAAGUGUCUAUUUCAAAUGUAGCCACUGUGAUUAGACCAAAGCAACUUAACACGUUUUUUUUUUGUGGCAUUUUUUUCAUCCUUUUGUGUGCAUUUUUUUAAAUGUUUGCUUAUGUUGUGUCUUCAUUAAUUCAUAAAGUAUGUAGUUGUCCUUGUAUAUUUUUAUGUGUACAUUUCUUGUACAAAUGACUGUUUUUAAUUAAAGAGCAAGUUGU